AAGUGAGGCAAGCAAAAGUUCUGUAUUCUACCAGGCUGUGGCCUCGCAGCCUUCUACAGCGGUUGCUUUCUGGGCUUCAUGUACACCAAACUAUGGGGACCUCUCCCAACUGAGACACACCAAAUCAUACAGGGUUUCUGAUUUUUGUGAACGGCCAGGAUUCGAGGGUUACAUCCUGUGUAGGCUCAGUCAUCAGGACACAGCAGAAUUCAGAUGUUAACAGGAAACAGCAAUGGAGGGAAGGCGUCUUGUUAUUGUGUCGUUUCUGUGGAUGCUGCCACGGGGACUGAAUGGCACAGUGACACCUAACCUCCACAACUUCAGAAGCAGUGAGGUUACUGCAACUUCGGACAAUAAAGUUUCACCCUUAGAAAUGGCUCAAGAGCCCCUCAACAACGCACCGGAUGAAGGACAACAUAGCACUGUGGCAUCUUCAGUUGAGUUGAAGCUCACAGUGAAAAGUGAACCACAGACUUCAGACCAGGUGUCGACCAGAAACAUUCUCAGCCACAAUCGGCCUUCAAUGCAGCCUUUGCAUAUGAGCACAAAGAGGAACUCCCAGUCACCUCAGGACCGCCAAACAACCAGAUAUAAAAACAAGUCUAUGGUGGAGAUCACAGCAGAUGGAGCCCGGGAAACUUCGCCUGCUAUGUGGAAUCAACCUCUGGUAAGGCAAGUUACACCCUCCGGCAAGGACGAACUUAGUCCAACAGCAUCACCUAGACCUUCUGAGUUGUCCACUCAAACAACCUCACCGACACCAAAUCAACCAACAGAGAUCCAAAUGGGGCCUAUUCCGUCCAAUUCUCCAAUAUCGCAGUUCAACGACUCCACAGACAGAAACCAACCCACGCCAACUGUUGUUGGAUUUGGAGUGACACCGACUAGAGCGGAAUAUACUUUGAACACAGGUGGAGAGGCUCAACUAUCCAGCACCGCCUCCCAGGCCCCAGUUACAAGCAGGAGAUCAACCCCUUCACACCCCACUGAAAGAGGUCCAACAGGCCCAUCUGAGCUGCCUAGUACUGCCACUUCCCCCACCACCCUACCUCCAUCUACAGCCAUGACCAAAUCUUCAACCCACGUCUCCACUCCAUGGACGUCGACCAAGCCUGCCAAGACCCUUGCCACCACUGAAGCCUCUGUUACUUCUAGUGUUGACGUUACCAGCAGCAAGGGUCAAUCCACACCAAUGGUCCCCACUAAAAAAGAAGUUGCCACUGCCACCACCACGGCAAAAAAGAAACCAAAGCCUCCGACAAAAACUGCAAACAAAGACGAGCGAAAAAAGACAGGGAACCAUGGCACAGCGGUGGCUGUACUGAUUGGUGGGACGUUGUUCAUGAUGCUGGUGGGUUUUGGGGUCAUCUUUGUGAGGAAGCAAAGACAACAGAGGAUCCAGCUGCAGAAUACAGCCUGGGCAGGCCCCUCUCCGUUUCUGGACGGUGGAGUCCAGUGUCAACAGGAUUAUGACGAUAGUGGUGAUGUCCAUCUGAGGGGCUCCAAUGGAAUCUCCUUCUCUGGCUUCCUGUCUCAGCAACUCUCCAAAAGGUUCUCUCUGAUCCAGGAUACUGACCAGGAAUUCCAGAUGGGUGAGAUUCCGUCAGGAAGUACAUUCGGAAGAAUUGUUAAACCGUGCAACGAGGAGGCACAACUUCCAGACAACUCCUCAUCUCCUCUGCCGUCUUCAGAGACCACUGCCACAGCAUCCACCCAUGACCAUCAGCCUCCUUCCUCCUUGCAGGAUGUUGAUCUGGGGCCAGACAAUGCUCCCAAUCGCUCUUCCUCUCACUCUCAUACGCCACCAGAUAUCCCAGAAGCUGUUCCUCCACCACUGUUGGGUGUUCACCUGCGUCCCCCCUCCACCAGAGAGCACAUAUUUCCCCAUCCCCCCGGACCCGCCUUUACCCAUCUCUAAGCAGUGACAGAUAGCAACACACAGGAAACCCAAUCUCCUCCCCCACCACCCAACAAAGGAAACCACUAACCAAAAAACUAAACUGAUGCUUAUAAGUGUUUUGCUUCCUCUAUCUGAUGAAACAUUCCAUGAAAUGGAUCUUCAACUAGGCUUAUAGCCAUAGUUUGAUUGUGAAAACCAAGCUAACCCUCUCCCUAUUUAACAGGAUAACUGACAUUGGCCACAAUAAUCAGCCUUUUUCCCUAUGAUCUUUCUUUGGUAUGAAGGCAACCAAAUGUACACUCAGAAAGCUUUCCCAAAUGUUUUGAUUCAAGAUGUGGAUACGUUUCACAUCCAUUUUAAUUCCGCCUGACCAAUCUGUAGCAGUGAUAAUUAUUUCAUGCUACAAUAAUUGCUUUUCUCCAGUGUACUUAUUGGAGAGAAUCACACAGGAUGUAAAGGCCUAAACAUCAGCAUCAUACCCAGUGGUGAGAUAAUUCAGAGAAGGAUGCACUGCUGAAGUAAUGUAAUUGUAAUAUUGUGUGUGUGUGUGUGUGUGUGUGGCAGGUGAACAUUCUCAGAGCAUAAGUCAAGUCAAUGAAAACAAUCUACCCAGGCUGAAACAUUCACGGUGAAAGAAGAAGUACUAAAAAUAAAUGAAACGAAAGGGUGAAUUAUAUAAUUAAACUGAGGAACAAUAGAUAGAAUGAAUGUGAGAAAGAGUGAGCAGGGAGUUAGUCUCUCAGUGGGGCUGGCCCAACACUGUUAGUCAGUGCCUUACUGCAGUGUUGCAGUUGCUCCCAGUGUACUUCAGAGCUGUGCAGCAGUACACUAACAGUAAAGAGAGACAGAAAGAGGGAAAUGUCAGACCCACAAAAAUUGCCUCAAUGUCUCAUUGUUAGGAAUUUUAUGAAUAAUGACUAAACAAUAUCUACAUUUAAAUAGAACUAUAACUAAUUCAACUCUACCCUGUUUUACAAUAUCUGAUUAAAUAAUGUUCGUUCCUAAGAAAGAGGUUAUGUAGCAUGGAUAAGGGGUAAUUGGAAAUGAUAACUAUUGUGUAGGAAGGAAUGUGUGUGUGUCUUAAGUAAGCAAAGAGGGUCAUUAACCUAUGUUUGAACCGACUCAACUAUAACUCUGUGGCGAUCACUCUGUGGCGGUUUUCCGUAUCUGGAACUGUCUGCUAAAGUGGUAAUAAAUUAUGGUGAGACUUCAGGAGUUAAUCCAGGUAUAUUGUGUGUCAUGUAUGUGCGCUAGAGAGUUGUAAUGAACUUUUGAACCUGCUUUGUCCUGGUCGAGAGGAGGAAGGACAUUUUGAAACAUAUGACGUCAUAUGUGAAAUAUAAGCUGUUGUACAUGGUUCUUGGGGCAGCGCGCUCUCGAGAAUAAAUGCUAUUGGCUAAUUUUGAUAGACUGGUCUCUGUCUAUUUUAUGCAAAUAAGGAUCUUACAAAUUCUUAGAACCAAGACAGAGUGAUUUUAAUUGAAUUGGUUAAUGAACACAUAAUGGAAUUAUUAAAUUUGUUUGACACUCAUCUGAAGAGAAACCACAGAAACAAGAUGGGAGACAGAAAGCAACCACCACACCCAAUCACCUACACAUACUUGUCAACAAAUUAGAUGUUAAAUGCUUGUUGUUCAUCAAUCACGUAUUUAUGCAAUAAAUCCAAUUAUGGUAAA